AAAUGUCAUUUCAGUUGUGACUUGUGAGGAUUUCUAGAAGUACCUACUCGCUAUUAUUAUUGAAACAACAUUAAGUUUAAAUAAUUUUAUAUACUUAUAAUAAAAAUAUAAAAUGGAGGUGAUAGUUGCAAAUGUAGAUCACAUAAAGUUUGAUAUAGAUUACGCCUUAGAACAACAGUAUGGAGCGUUGCCGCUUCCCUUUCCCGGGAUGGAUAAAUCAACAGCAGCCGUAUGCGAAUUCUUCGGUCAACCUGGUGGGUGUAACAAUGGACCUCAAUGCCCAUAUAGACAUGUCAGAGGUGAUCGAACAGUUGUUUGUAAACAUUGGCUCCGUGGCUUGUGCAAGAAAGGAGACCAGUGUGAAUUCCUUCAUGAAUAUGACAUGACUAAAAUGCCUGAAUGUUAUUUCUAUGCAAGGUUUAAUGCUUGCCACAAUAAAGAGUGUCCCUUCCUGCACAUAGACCCCGAAAGUAAAAUUAAGGACUGUCCUUGGUAUGAUCGUGGCUUUUGUCGACAUGGACCUCACUGCCGACACAGACAUGUCAGAAGAGUGUUGUGUAUUAACUAUUUAGCUGGAUUUUGCCCUGAUGGACCGAGCUGCAAGUACAUGCACCCUAGAUUUGAACUUCCUGCUCCACCAGAACAAACUAAGGAUCAAAAACGUUUGCCUAUUUGUCAUUACUGCUCAGAAGUUGGUCAUAAGGCAUCAUCGUGCAACAAGAUACCUCCGGAUCAAAGAGAAGUCGCACAAAAACAAGAGGAAGCAAGAUACAGAGCGCUAGGCUAUGUAAAACCAGCUAAUGAUAAUGAUGAAAUGCAACGACUACAAAGAAUGAUGCAUAAACCUUUGGAAGAGGUUACCUGUUUCAAAUGUGGUACUAAAGGCCAUUAUGCAAAUAAGUGCCCCAAAGGUCAUCUUGCAUUCUUAUCAAAUCAAACUGGCCAGAACAACUCCAACAAUAUGUUUAAAAAACCCAACUAGUAUAGGUAUGUGAAGCCACGUUAAGUGACUUCAACUGACUCAUGAUGAAUUGGUGUUGCUGAAUAAUUAAGUUAAAGGACAUGUUUUAAGAACAUCAGUGUUGUGUUUGGUAUAAUUUAGAAAGGAAAAACUUACGAACAGCAGAGAUGUUAAAAUAAGAGUAAUUUAUAUAUAUAUAUCUGUUUUUCCACUUAACCAAAUUGUCAACUGGUCUCAUUGUAACAUGGCUUUCUACUCUUUUUAUUUAAAUAUUUUUAUGAUGGUGCGUUACAUUACAAACCUAUGACAGCAUCUAUAUAUUUCCUUGAGCAGUGAGCGCUGCGACCAUGCUUCAGUUGUUACUGAUUUUUGUUUAGCUUGGAAAAAUUCAAUAAUAAUAUUUAAACAGUUUAUUUUACACAAAUAUAAUAUAAAAAUAUUUUAUUUCUGUAAAUUCAAUUUUUCAUAAACAUGACACUAAGUAGUAUUAAAAACCAAUAGUGACCUAAGUAAUUGUUAAUUUAGCGGUACUUGGUAUUGUUGUGUUCCAGUUUGAAGGGUGAGUGAGCCAGUGUAACUAUAGGCAGGCAUUUU